CAGCCGUCGCUCGAACGUCGUACAUUUGCGGGAGAAGUGUGGUUAGUGAUUGCUGUUAGCGUAUUGAACAGUAUUUUUUUUUUUGAUAAAUUUCAACUCACAUUCUGUCGGACGGAUCCUCUGUACCAGCAGUAGUAGAAGCAGUAGCAGCAGCAGCAGCAGCAGUGGCAACAACAGUCGUACCAUCGGCAGUGGUGGGAGGGGUAUCGAGUGGUGUGUGGCUGUGUGGCCAUCGCAGAAAAAAGCUCCACAGCUUUUCUUUAUCCCCGACUGCAAUUUCCAUAUUUUUUGUUUAAUUGCCAAUGCCUACCAGAUUGCAGUGUUUUUGUGCCGUGUGUGAUGGUUUUUUUCGUUACUUGCUGUUUCGUGUGUGAUUGAACGUGUCUCAGAGGCGAAGGCUAGUGUAGUGUAGGCACCAAGGGCCACAGAGAAUAGUGUAUAAAUGGCCCAAUGUUUGUAUACAUCAGCAGCAGCAAUUGUGUGAUGAUGCUGCAGUAGAAAUUGGAAAUGUGUGUGGCAAUGUUUCUUCAGUUUGCAUCCAGAAAGGAAGAAUGAAGCAGUGGAGGGAGUGGCGUGAAGUCUGAUAGUAUGCAAAGUGUUGGAGCUGGAUCCGGCGGAGAAGAAGCAUUCAGCAGAGAAAAGAGCCUUCUUCCAGCGAGCAAAAGUGUGCUUGAGGCCGAAGAAGAAGGGGUGGCUGCAGCAAGAACGAGUGCUUUGGAACACAGCGUCUGAGCAGGAAGGAAAAAGGGGGAUAAAUAUUUUCGGAGUGAAUGAGUGACGGGGGAAUAGAUAAGGUGCAGCAGCAACAGCAGACCAAAGUUUGGUUGUGUCAAGUGAUAUGCCCAAGCAGCAAUGGAAAUAGCUUCAAUAGUAAAUGAAUGAAAUUGUGCGCAAAAAUUAGUAAUUUUGUAUGCAUGCAAUACUAGCAGCAGCAGCCAAGUGUGUGUAUAAAGUGUAAGGUGAUGUGCGCUGGGAGCUGCUUCAUUCAUCGGCAGCAAUGAUUAGCCGCAAUUGUGUGGAGACGCGGAGAGAAACGAGAUGAAAAGUGGUGAUUAUAGGCGAACUCGAUAAAUACUCAUCCAGCCGAAGGAGCCACGGUAUGCGGAACGUACAGCAAGGAGAGAAAUAGCAUUAAAGUCGAUGGAACUGCCCUGAAUGUCAGUAGCAGCAAACCCCCACCACCUUCCCUGCUCCGCACCGGUUACGCAAGUGAAGUGGAAAGCAACAACGGAAGAAUCGAGUUUAUCACGGCGAACGACAGAAACGAAGUGACGAGUUAUUUCGGGAGUUGGAUGAGUUUUCUUCGCCGGAAUCCGACCAAUCAAUAAUUAAUUCGCAGGGGGUAGUGGAUAGUUGUACCCCCGCCCCGUCAAAUGAUGUGAUUGUGUGUUUGUCUACAAUGUAAUAAUUGUUGUUUUGCUUCAAAUCGGUGGUCAUUGGAGGAAAGAGAGAAAACAGGAAAUUUGAAUUGAUUUCCGCGGAAAGCUGUCUCCGAGUGAAAUUGCAUAAAUGAUUUACUACGCUGGCGUGAAUUUUGUAGAAGUGGUCGUCGAUAUUCUAAACAAAUUCAGCACAAUUUCUCGCUAGUGGUGAUAGUAUUUAAAAACAGUUUUCUGGUGCCAAAUCUAUGUAUUUUUCGACGCUCAUAUUUCAACGAAUAGAUGUUUAGCUGGAAAAAAGUAGAAUAUAUUAUAUACGUGAAUGUGUUUUCCUACGAUUUUUUUCGCAUCUCGCAUCGCGUAUGAAGAGCUAUCGAAUGCUAGCGGCAGCGUCAUCCUAGAACACUGAAUUUUCUAUUGAUAAGCAUACAAAUUUAUAUCCAGUGUGUGUGGAAUACGUAUAGAAAGUAAUAAAAACGAGAGAGCGAAGAUAAAAGAUCAGAAAGUGGAAAAAAUGAAAUAAAUUUACAUAAAUGCAAUUAGGGUGCAGUGAAGUGUGCUUAUCCGUCGGUCGAUUGAUAAAUGUCUCGUUGAAUUGCAAAGCCAGCAGCAACAAAGGCAGGAGGUAUUACAACACCACCGGAAAAGAUACUACACCAUUCACUAGUGCUCCAGCACCUCCAACUGCUUCCUCUCUGAGUGGGAGAUAUUUAUUUUUCUACAUGUGCGCGUGUGUAUGUUUUUCGUGUGAGUGGGACUGAGACAUAACGACGACGAAAUGUCCCUCAACGGUAGAGAUCUGAUGAAGCAGCAGCCGCCCGAGUACAACCAAAGUGUACUGACGAUGCAGAAAUCAGUGACAAUCACGGUGACACCCCAACGGAGCAACUCAAUGGAUUUGCUCAAUUUCGAGGAAAAGCGUCAGCUGAUCGCGUCCUCACUAUCCCUGUCCGAUAUCCUGCACGUCAGUCCGGCGGCAGCCCACGUGGCGAAAGAAGUAGCCGCCAGUACUGUAAUUGCUACGAAGAAACAGAAUGGUGCCACCAUGCGUUCAAACAGUCUGAAUUCGGGAUCCCGGACGCCACCACUGGAGCGGAAGAGCAAGUUCAGCGCCUUCGGCCGGCUGUUCAAACCCUGGAAGUGGCGGAGAAAAAAGAAAAGUGAAAAGUUCGAGUCGACCUCCAAGUCUUUAGAACGUAAAAUAUCUGUACGUGCCAAUCGCGAAGAACUUGUACAAAAAGGCAUACUGCUGCCCGAAAGUCCCACGUCGGCGCUGUCCAUAGCUGCCAUUUGUAUCAGUCCCACGGAAUCGGUGACGUGGUCAACAUCAUCCCACAGACAGCUACAAACCUUUCAUCAGCCAAACCAUUAUCGAAACGAGGAACAAUACACCAUUUACAACUCAGUGAACGGUACCAACCCAACCGUCCUGCCGAGUCUCGCGAACACGUCCGCAUCAUCGAUAUCAUCAGCAGUAGCAGCACCAAAUACUAGCAUAAACAACAACGUGCCUUUAUCACAAUCGGCUCAACAGAUUAGCGGUAGCAAUGUGCUCAGCAACAGCAACACUAGCAACAACAACAACAUCAACAGUAGCAGUAAUAGCAAUUUGAAUGGCCCGCUUAGCCUAUCGGCAAUCCUAUCCGGAGCGAUAAGUUCCGUUGGGUCGAACAAUCCAACGGGAGGUGGCGGCGGUGGUUGUGGUAACAUGGUUGUUGGUGCCAACAUGAUCAGUGGAGGUACCGCCGGUCAGGCACUGUCCAGUAUACUGACCGGGGGCACCAGUAUAGGUGGCCCUCAGAUGAUUCCUGGAGGUGCUGGACUAGCGCAUUCGCUAUCCGCGCACCAGAUCGGUACCGCUCCGCCGCACCAUAAUCCCAUGUCGCAGCACCAGGCUCUCCAGCAGCAGCUGCAGCAGCAUUUCGCCAACGUUGCCAACAACUGUAGCAGUAGUUUAGAACCGAGGAAAGAAAAGACUGACGUCCAAAGUAGUAGUGCGAAUGGCUCUUGCAUCGAGCAGUCCUGCUCGGUAAUUGGUUCCUUGCAUCAGCCGUCAGCCACAGGCGGUCCGGCAACGAUCGAGGGCGGUAUCCAGCCACCACAAUCCAAACCGGAACGUCCCAAUUCGCUCGGGCCAACGAAGCUGUCCCGCAGGGUACUCUGCUACCACAGUGAUGGUUUUCAAGAUAAUCAUCGGAAAACACCACCGCCAGCGAAUGAGAACCAAACGAAUCAAUCGCAGUCACAACAUCAAUCGCUGCAGCACCAGCAGCAACAUCAACAUCAACAAUCUGCGCUGGCUGCUGCAGCGGCGGCCGUCGCCCAGCAGCAGCAACAAAAUCAAUUACCAUCGCAGGCAGCUCUGUCGGCGGCUGCGGCUGCUGUCGCCCAGCAGCACCAGCAGGCCCUACAACAACAACAGCACCAACAACAUCAGCAGCAACAGCACGGCCAACAUGGCGGCCACCCACACCAUCACCAUCUACCAAAUCACAUCAUGCUGUCGGAGCUGCCGGAACCACCCAUUCCGGUGUCCGAGAUUGGUCCCAUCCCGCCGCCGCCAAUGUUUUCAACACCAAGUCCGACCCUAAUCGGCGGACGACCGCAUGGCCCUAACGUGCAUUCCACUACUACUGGUAGCAAUAAUAGUAUUAGCGCGAGUAACAUUAUCCCGUUAGAUAUGAAUGAUUAUGAUUACGAUGAUCAUGAAAACAAUGAUCAGGAUGAGCUGGACUCGGACGAGGAGUACAUGUACACAAUGUCGCAACCAAAUCCCGCCAUCGAUACCAACCGUAUCGACGAAAUCCCUGCGAAGGAGCCCAAAUUCAACGCAGUGCCAUUGAAAUCAGCUUUAAAGAAGAAGGGUUCGAACCCGGGAACGCCAACCCAGGACAAUCGGACGCUCACAGUGCGCUACGAAAACAAUCCAACCGCAACGAUCAAGCCAGUUUUACGACCACGGAUUAGAAUAUGCUCACGACCGAUGCGUUUCCAAAUAGGCCUACCGAAUACGAUCGAAAACAAGGAGAACACCCGGCCGUUCGUAAUCCGCGAAGGGGAUAACGACGACCAAAACGAUGGUCCCAUCUGCUACAGGGAGGAAGAUGUCGAUCGAGCGGCGAAAAUCGCCCGCAAGGAGAGCUUAUCAAUCAAGCUGGCGCUUCGACCUGAUCGGCAGGAACUCAUCAACCGUAACAUUCUGCAGCUGCAAUCGGACAACGAAAAGCAAGAGUCGAAGGAAGCAAUCGGGGCUCGGCUCAUUCGGAGACUCUCGAUGCGGCCCACGGCGGAUGAACUUGUGGAAAGGAACAUAUUGAAAACGCAAUCCCCUGCUGAGGAGAAGAAACAGAAAGAAGAAAAGAAACGUUAUUUGCUGCGGAAGCUCAGUUUCCGGCCCACCGUGGACGAGUUGAAGGAGAAAAAGAUUAUCCGUUUCAACGAUUACAUCGAGGUAACCCAAGCGCACGAUUACGACCGACGGGCGGAUAAGCCUUGGACACGUCUCACCCCCAAGGAUAAAGCAGCCAUCCGCAAGGAACUGAACGAAUUCAAAAGCUCCGAGAUGGCUGUUCACGAAGGCAGUCGACAUCUUACUAGGUUUCAUAGGCCAUGACAGCUGCAAUGCAGGAUGAAACAGAGACAUUUUGCCGUUCAUUACUUUACAUUUCUCAUUAAGAAUUACUACAACAAUCAUUUGAUUGUGUACAUAUAAAAGAAAAGUAACUACUACCGAACCAUUGGAUACAGCGAAGCCUGCUAAAAAUUGUACCUAUAGCAGCGAAAGAUUCGAUCAUUUUGACAAACAAGAAAAAGAACACGUUCAUUAGUGUGUGUUCAUUAGAAUUGUUACGAACAAAAAUAUUCCACAUCUUCCCGUAUUCUCCUGCUCUUCUCCGGAGGAACAGAUUGGACGCAUUUCAUUACCCUCCUGACGAGAAACUCCGACAGAAUAGAACCACGCCAACGGUGUUGACAAACUACUUUUACUUUCAUUGACCAUCCGCCAACUUCGGGAUUUGGACCUGUUCGGCAACUAAGUAUACAAACUGAGAAACGUUAGAAAAAAAAAUUUAGAAAAUCAUGAGCGGCGGUGGAGUACCCGAAUCCAACAUACAGCGGUCAGACGUCCUGAAGAUUCAAAGACUCGUGUGCGACCCACGGCUGAUGAAGCUGCCGAAAAUAAAAAUAUUGAAAACUAUCGAAAAGCGAAGCGAAGAAAUGGGAACGUCAUCCAGUCCAAAAAUUACUUGAAGAUGACGCAAAUAAAAAGUUGGAAUCGACGAGCAAAUAAGCCGUGGAAACUCUGUCUUUUAGAGAUAAAGCAGCCAUCGACGAAGUCAGACAUGGUUGCGCAUGAGGACAGUCGACAUUCACUAAGGUGAUAAUAGAUGCUAUGCAGGAUGAAAACACUUUGCCGUUCAUUGCUUUAUUUUUCGCAUACAACAUUCCCAACACAAGACCUAGGAACAUAACUAAUGACUCCAGCAGAUCCAGCUGAUACUGUACCAUGCAACGCUGACAGGACGUGAUAAAAAAAUAUAUACAAACCACGCCAAACACAAACAACAACCGGACAAAAACGAACACAUACAUUUGAAAAUCAAUUCAACAGUAAGUACGAACCACACGACCACACACCCAACCCGACAAAAUUUCGACAAACGUAACGUAAGCACGUUUCAAAUAUCACCCUACCGUAUCCUCGAAGGGCUAGACUUAUCAAUGGUGUAAUACUUCCCGAAAGCAUGAGCGGAGUAAGAACCAGCUUGAACCGACGGUGGAUGUACGCAAAUGUUCACAAAGCAUUAUUCAAUUUUGUAAUAAAAACCAAGACGAGGGAAAACGAAACAAACAAAAAAACUGGAGUUUAAAUUAGUAACAAGAAUAAGCAAAAAACAAAAUGUUUCAGUAAGAAUUUAAAGGAAACCUAAAAAUAUUAAUGAAAAAUAAUAAUACUGUGAUAAUGUUAACGUUAUUAGAAUGUUACUGACAAACAAACAAACAAAAAAAUGAAACAUGAAACGGUGAGAAAUAGUUGUUAGAGUCGAUGGAGUGAAAUUAGAACAACUGACACGAAACGAAAAACACUUUGUGGUGGCACCAUUUAUCGGAAAGUGUGUGCUGUGAGAGAUUUGUAGUUGAGCAUGAGAGUGGUGAUGUACGAUCUUCGUUGGAAACAACAGGAGCAGAUGCAAAACAUUUCUAGGUAUUUCCAAGGAAAGAAUUUGUUUCCGUCUUACAGACUUUUAAACCGAAGCAAAUUCGAAGAAAGAAACACAUUGAAAUCCAUCUUGCUUCAACUUUUUCCAUCACACGAACAUUCAUAUGUCACACACACUCACGAUGUACAUUCAACUAUUUUUUAAUUUGUUUCCAAGGUACCAUAUUGCUGCACAUGGCAAAUGAAAUAGGCGUGUUUGUAAUGGGUACAAACGGAAAUGAUAGGAACUUUUCUACUCCUGCUAGCAUAAAUAGACAACUAGCCGGCCAAAAGUGCAACUUUGAGCAGAAGGCUAACAAUUAACAAAGAUUCUGACAUAUGUAAAAGAAGAAACCGAAAGCCGAAAACAUGGAUUCUUGUAUUAUCACAAGAAGAAGAAAAAAUCUUUGAUGCAUGCAGCACGAGUCACACAUUUUGAGCGAUUAGUGAACCGGUUGAUCUGGCUAACCACUAAUCGAAAAGUGAGCUGCUUAUACAGUUUCAGCAAACCGUAAAUAGAACUCGGCUAGUUAUUGUGAACGAUUUCCGGGUACGAGAAAGCAGCUGUAUUUGUACAUAUCUUGUGAAAAUAAUACUGCAUUGCAAAAUAAUAAUACUAAUAAUAAUAAGACAACAACUAAUCAAGCAGUAUGCAUAUAAAUAAAAACACAGGACGAAACAACAAGCAAAGAUAAGCAAAUUGGUGGACAUAUUUUUUUCGAAAUGACAGAUAUAAAUUAAUCAAGAAAGGAGCGGACGAAGAAACUACGGAAGUAAUAUCUAGAAGGAGCAUAACAUAGAAAAGAAAAGAAAAAUCGGACGAAAGAAAGGAAAUUAAUGCAACCAAUGUUUAGAACAAAACAUAACGACAAAACAUGAUCACAAGCAAUUAAACUAAUCGGACCCAUUGAUAAGUAUAGUUAAAAUCCAAAUAAGCAGCCUAGUAGUAUGCGAAUGGAGAACAAACAAAUUCUAUGUCUGUGUACAUUUUAGUGGAACAAAAUGGGCGAAGAAAAAAAAAUCGAACGAAAAAUCGUUCCCAAUCCAAUGACUGUUUCGUUCCUUUCGCGUCGAGAGCGCUGAGAAAAAUAUGUGGUAAUUCGUGAAAAGGCAACAAUACAAUACAAAUUAAAUUUAAUUUCGUUUUCGUUCACUUUUGCUCGUAAGUUUUACAUUACUUCACCCGUAAAUCUAAGCUAGUGCGAAAUUUAGUAUCUUCAGUUUUAUUUGUCUGUAGCGAAUGAGAACAAGAUACACACAAACACACAUACAACCAUCUGUAAGCUAGGGUAACAAAAUACCAAGGUUUUUUUCUGUUAUGCAAAUUAAGCAUUCUAUUCGUCUCCUCAAAGUAACGGAAAUUACACUGGAGAAGUGCUAAGUCUCUGUGGAAGUUUUGUAGAAAAAAAAUUACAUGAAGCGUACAAAAAAGGCGAACACAAUUGACAAUUAACCACUACAUCAUAGCCGACGAUUUCGCUUCUUCGUUACGUUGUCGUACAAGCCAACACACAUAAUUAGAAGCUUCUGUGGGGAAAAAAAGCGAGUAAAGCAAACUGAAAUGAUUUUGUAAAAAGUAAAACAAUGUAAGCAUUCAAUUAGUGACGUUUUUCACGUGAUCAUCUUAUCAUCAUAAGAAACAGAAAAAUUAAAAGUGAAGAAAAAUCAAGCAUACAAAACAUACGAAGCAAAGGAAAAACACGCAUAACGCAGAACCGAAUCAUUAAGAAAACAAAAAAAAAUGGCCGUCUAAAAGACUACUGUAACGAAAACAAACUUUCAUACGAACCUAUUCGAGUUGAUGAACAAAAAAAACUUAUUUCUCGUGAAAUACGGAACAAAAUCAAUAUGCGAAGGCACAGACGUUGAAUUUUUGGACUACUUUGAGAAAAAAUAACCACACCAAAAGGAAACAAAACACAAAUAAACAUAGAAAAGUUAUAUGAACAGAAAAAAAUCGCGUUCGAGCGUGCAUAUAUUAUACUGGUGAAAAAACAAAAACUGGAAAUCAAUAAUUUGAAAAAAAUGGAGAAAAAAAUAAUGACAAAUAAAACAAAUAAUGAAUUUAGAA